UUCCAGUGUUGAGACCAGAGCAAGAAGUUGAUUGCAGCUUCAGUCAAGGGGUCUGUGACUGGAAACAAGACACUGAUGAUGACUUUGACUGGAAUCCUGCUGAUCGAGAUAGAGGCGAUGGGUACUACAUGGCCGUUCCAGCCUUUGUGGGGCACAAGAAGGAUAUGGGGCGUCUAAAACUUCUCCUCACUGACCUCAAACCAAAGAGCAGCUACUGCUUGAUUUUCAGUUAUCGGCUUGCUGGUGAGAGAGUGGGGAAACUUCGAGUGUUCCUGGCAAACAAAAAAAACACUCCUGUGUGGGAGCAGAACAAAGGAAAAGAUGAAAGGUGGAGAAUUGGAAAAAUAGAUAUAUUUCAGGGGGCUGAAACAACCAACAGUGUCACUUUUGAAUCAGAACGUGGGAAGGGCAAAACUGGAGAAAUUGGAGUGGACAAUGUUAUAUUAAUUUCUGGUCUAUGCCCAGAAGACACCUGAUAACAGAUAUUUGAGUAUACUGGAUUUAAUACUAUUUUUAAUAUUUGCCUUACUAGUAGAGUAUUUUUGUAUAAUUUUCUUUAUAAAAACUGAAAAC